AAUAAGGACCCCAGCACCAUCCCCGCUGGAGUCCUUCCCGGGGUUGGCGGAGAAAGUCCACAGAUAAGGUCGGCCCCUGCUUCCUCCGGGAACCACCUGGAGGCGAGUCUGCACAGUUCCCGCAGUCACUUCCGGCUUCCCGGGAGGACCCGGCGACGCUCUGGCCGUUGCCGUGGAAACAGGGAGGGGGCGGGUGUCCUCUAGCGGUCACCAAGAGGACUGCUCCGCGACUAGAACGCGGCCUAGGUGGGGCGCUAGCUCGGGACCGCCGUGAGGUCACGCUCCUCCCCGCCCCCGCUUGCCAAUAGGCGCCGGAGCCACUGUGCGCACGCGCAGGAGUCUAACGUACCGUCCGUCGCGGCCGUUGGUGAGUCCAGGGCGCGGAUGCAAAGGAAGAGCGGCCGCCAGAGCGGGGAGGGAGCUCCCACAGUCUGCGACUCUUCGCAUUUCUCUGAGAGGAACAGAGCUCUUCUCAGUUGUGAGAGGCCUUUGGCAAUGAGCAUCCGCUGGCGAGGCCGCGCCCGUCCUCGCUUGCUGAGUCUCACGGGAAACGUAGUCCGAAGGGGGGGCGGGACCUGCCGAGCAGGCGCGUGGUUGGCCGGGGCGGGGUCGCCAUGGCAACGCGCGGGGGCGGUGGGCGGAGCCCCUCCACAGAGGCGGCUUUCUGGCGCCUGCGCCGCGGCGGAGUUUCCUGGAAGCUCCAUUGGACAACUUGCCUCCAGAGCGUCCAACCGCAAGGCUUCCUUCUGCCUUCAGUUCCCUCGGCAGCCAGCUCCUGUGACCCCUCCCUCCACCGAGCCUUCCCAGCCUCAUGCAUCCCUGGGCCAGAGCCCUUCUUCAACCAGCCUCAGCCCCCUGGGCUGGGCCUGUCUGCCCUACCCUCACCAUGGCCUCUUAGCCCGCACCCUGACCCCUCCUUUCCUGCAGGUCUCUCUUGUUGGCUACAAGAAGACACCCAAUACAACAAUGCCAUCCCCACUGGGCCCCCCACGCCUGCCCUCUGUCGACGCCGUGGCCAUCCUGGAGGAGCCUGAGGCAGCACGCCUGCGCUUCCGAGGAUUCUGCUACCAGGAGGUGGCAGGUCCCCGUGAGGCCCUGGCCCGGCUUCGAGAGCUGUGUCGCCAGUGGCUGCGGCCGGAGGCAUGCUCCAAGGAGCAGAUGUUGGAGCUGCUGGUGCUGGAGCAGUUUCUGAGCACACUGCCCCCUGAGAUCCAGGCCUGGGUGCGGGGCCAGCGGCCAGGCAGCCCUGAGGAGGCUGUAGCCCUGGUUGAGGGCCUGCAGCAUGACCCUGGGCAGCUGCUGGGCUGGAUCACAGCCCGUGUCCUGAAGCAAGUGGUGUUCCCAGCAGCACAGAAGACAGAGGAGUCCCUGGGGAGAUCCCACCCUUCAGGGACAGUGGAGCUUCUCGGGGCCACCUCUCGGGAGGGAUCCCAGGACACCCAGAUGGAGAGGUCUGCCCAGCUUAGCUGCAGUGUGAAGGAGGAGCCAGAUGCUGAUGGGCAGGAGAUGGCAUCUUCCAAUCCCCCAAAUCCAGCCCAGUGCUAUGAGGGGCACCCUGGACACCGGGAACCAGCCUCCACGUCCUUCCACCCACCCAGGAUUCAGCAGGGAUACCAGCCCCCCAGCCGGAGGCACGGGUGGAGUUGGAGCCUGGGGCACUGCAUACGGGGACAGAGGGUCGAAGAAGCCUCCACCCUGGAGAUGAAAGUGAGAGCCACUGCGAGGGUCCACCCCAGUGCCCAGAGGCCCAGCCACCCCAGGGCCCGGGAUCUGUCACCUGGGAGGGCCCGUCUGGGGCCUCUGUGUCUGCCAGGGCAAUGCUGGGAGCAAGGCUGGAGGCCGGUGCCCCACGAAGGAAGCCUUAUACCUGUGAGCUGUGUGGCCGAGGCUUUGACUGGAAAUCAGUCUUCGUCAUCCACCACCGGACCCAUGCGGAUGGGCAGGGUCCACAGGCCCUGGGAAUGGGGGGUGCUCAGAAGCUGCCUCCGGUUUCCCGGGAGCCGGGCACACCCCGGCCCCCCCGGCGCAUGCUCCCAGGCCCUCGGAGCUAUGCGUGUGAGGACUGUGGGCGCAGCUUCAGCUGGAAGUCGCAGCUGGUCAUCCACCGCAAGGGCCACGUGGGCCAGCGGCGCCACCUCUGUGGGGACUGCGGCCGUGGCUUUGACUGGAAGUCCCAGCUGGUCAUCCAUAGGAAGAGCCACCGACCCGAAGCCCCAUGAAGGGCCCGAGGUGUCCUCAUCCUGCGGGCUUGGGAGCUUCCAGGGCCUGGACACAGUUCCCGGCACUCUGGUUCCAGCUUUCCCUGGGGCUGCUCAGCCUCUGUGAUUCUUGGGGGCAGCAGAGGACACUGGUGAAUCAGAGUUCCCAGGAGGUUCCCCUGCCCCAGUUCAGUCUCCCCAAAACAGCCACCUGGGCGUAAGUGGAAAGAAGCUGCUCCUCCUUCCACCAUCCCGUGAGGCCCGAGUUAGAAUCUGCUGCCCAAGCCUGGUGACUUCCUGGCUCUGAGACCCCAGCUUUGACCCAAUGCAGGCUGACAGGCCAAGGACUCUCCCUACCCCUGGGACCUCAGUGGCCCCAGGCGGCUGCUCAGAAACUGCCCCUUUCCACCCUUCCUGAAGCUUCCGGGCCCGAUGUCUCGGUGUAGAAGAUGCAGAUGGUCCAGGAGAAUAUGCCUUGCCUCUGUUUGCAGGCAGAUGGAAAACUAGUGCCCGUCCACGUUUGAGAUUUUUUAGAAAUUUCACUUUCAUAAUGGAAAGUUUCUGCAUAAGAAUCCUGAUAUUUGCUUUCCACGGGUCAGAAUAUUGGCAGUGCCACUGAAUGACUAAGCCACCCAGGCUUAGUCGCCCCACGUGAACCCUUUUAAAGCAUGGAGUUUUCUCUGGCUUGUGACAGGAAAGAAAGUCCAAAGGACUCGAAGCAUGGGGCACCUGGGUGGCUCAAUCAGUUAAGCAUCUGCCUUCGGCUCUGGUCAUGAUCCCAGGGUCCUGGGAUCGAGUCCUGCAUUGGGCUCCCUGCUCAGUGGAGUCUGCUUCUCCCUCUGCCACUCUCCACCUUGCCCCCCUCACCACCAUCUCAAAUAAAAUAAAAUCUUAAAAAAAAAAAAUCGAAGCCUGAGAAGGAUUUGAUUCACCACUACUGGCUUGUAAGAUAGAGGGAGUCCCACUGUGACCUCUGGAAGUUCAGAACAAACCCUGGCUGACAGCUGGCAAAGAAAUAGAGACCUCAGUCCUACCACAAGGCUUUGCAAUCUGCCAACAACUUGAACGGGUGUGGAAGUAGAUAACUCCCAGGUCUUCAGAUAAGAGCCUCCCCAGCCAAUGUAUUUCAGCUUUGUGAUACUCUGAGCAGACAACCCAGCCAGUGCCUCCCAGACUUCUGACCUGCAGAACGGUGAGCUAAUCAAUGGAUGUUGUUUUAAGCCACUAAAUUUGUGGCAAUUUUUUAAGUAGCACACAGAAAACGUAAUGCAAUCACGUAUUGUUAACGGGUGCUCCUCGUGGCUAAAAUACAAAACUGGCCUGCAUCCAGGGAUGAAUGGGGUAUGGAAUAAAAUAGUGAUAGUGUUUUUCAAUAAAAGUAUUAAUAAGAAUUGAAAAAAA